GCACAUGGCCGUCUAGGUCAACUGGACAUGAGUUAGCUCUGCUGAGCAAAACAUUAGUCUUUUAUAUAGUCAUUAUGACGAAGUCUGAUACCAGACAGUUGUCUUCUGCGAUUUUAUUCCACAUUUAGCAUUUCUUAACACCCUGAUCGGCAGAAUACCCUCAGCUCCUCAGAUCAUAAAGGCGCCAUCAGCUGUCCAUCAUGUCUAUGUUCAGCACCGGUAUCCUGGUCCUCACGUCUCCGUUGCACGUCCUUCCUCUCCGCAUCGCUCCCGUCCUCUCGUCUGCCGCCCAGGUGGUCGAGCGCACGCUUUACGUCCAUCUGCACCCCGGCCUCAACCUGGGCACGGGCGGGCAGGUGAGGCCCGCCUACAUCCCCCCCGUGGUGGAUCUCUGCGCUCUCAUCUCCCGCCUUUACAGCAACGCCGCGGACAUCUGCGCGCACCUCGAUGUCAGAGUGCUGCUCAGCAAUGUCCGUGCCCAAUCAGCGGCGUUGAGCGGAAACGUCGGCCCUUUUCCCGCCCCGCAGACGCUGUCCCAUUCGCCGGAAGUGGUGCUCACAGACUUCCCCAUCCAGGAUUCGGGCCAGUCCUCGCUGGUCACCCAGUGCUUGCAGAAGUACGCGGGUCACUGCUACGUCUGCAAACCGAGCCUGUCUUCGGUGCUUUUGUACCCCCGACUGAAAGAGGUCGAGGAAGAAGAUGAUAGAGGAGGAAGAGGCACAUUGUUAAAGCCUUUAGAGACGUUCGGUGAUGUGGUUGUUGGCGGCACUUUUGACCGUCUGCAUGGCGCCCACAAGACCCUGCUGAACAUUUCCUGUCUGAUGGCCAACAGGCGCUUUGUCAUUGGUGUGUGUGACCAGGAACUACUCAAAAAUAAGGUGUUGAAGGAGUUAAUAGAGCCGUACGAUCAGCGUGUGCAGAAGCUCCGCGACUUUCUCAACGACGUAAAACCAUCGCUCAAGUACCAAAUCGUUCCUCUCUCCGACCCCUUCGGGCCCUCCAUAAGCGACCCUGAGCUGCAGUGCAUUGUGGUCAGCGAGGAGACGAGGAAAGGGGGUGAAGCUGUCAACAGGAAGCGUGUGGAAAAUGGAUUGGCUGAGCUGGUUCUGUACGAGAUCCAGCUGUUGAAGGACGCCCAUCAUGCUGACAUCGAGGAGGAGAAGAUCAGCUCCUCCAGCCUGAGAACGAGAUUGCUGGGAACGCUGCUCAAACCUCCAUCUCCGCAGCCGGAUCUUCCUCUGGAUCCGUAUGUGAUCGGUCUGACGGGGGGCAGCGGCUCGGGAAAGAGCUCUAUAGCGCACAGACUGGAGGGUCUCGGCGCCGCGAGGAUCGACUGCGACCAGCUCGGCCACGAGGCUUAUCUGCCAGGAACAUCGGCUUAUCAGAAGGUCGUCCGGGAGUUCGGCCCAGAUGUUCUUAACGAGGAUAAGAGCGUCAACAGACGAGCGCUGGGCGGAAAAGUGUUCGGAAACCAGGAGCGCCUGAAAGCUCUGACGGACAUCGUGUGGCCUGAGAUCGCUCUGCUGGUGAAGAAAAGAAUAGAGCGAGCGAAAGAACAGGGCAAGCGUGUCUGCGUGGUGGAUGCGGCUGUGUUGCUCGAGGCGGGAUGGACAUAUUUGGCGCAUGAGGUUUGGGUGGCAACCGUCCCGGAGGAAGAGGCAGUGAAGCGUAUAAUUCAGCGAGACGGUGUGAAGGAGGAAGACGCUGUGAGGAGACUGAAGAGCCAGUGGCCAAAUGCAAAGCUGAUAGAACAUGCCAACGUAGUGCUGUGCACGCUGUGGGAACCUGACGUUACUCAGAGACAGGUGUUAAAAGCUUGGACUUUAUUACAGCAGCGGAUUCAGACGAGACGAGAAGAAACCGGAUCUUCACCCUGAGACAGACCUCAAUACGAAUACAAGCAGAUUUUAACAGAAUUUAGUCAAAUAGUUGAGUGAUGUUUCAGAACCGAAAUGACAGUUUCAAAAGAAAAAUAAUCAUUUACCAUUUGUUGCAUCAAACGUUUGUAACCUUCAUAAAACAAGUGAGCCAGUAUCAGUUCUUAUGCGGCUCUUCUCUUGUGGAGGAAGAGGUUUGGGACAGAAAACACCAAGCACUUUUAAUAGACCCGCAGCUUGCGGUUUACCAUUUUUUCUUUGUGCCUAUCAUCAGAAAUGUUAUCAUAACUCUGUCGCACUGCCAUUUAUGGAUUUUUGUAACCGUAGUUUUCAGUGGAAAAGGCUUAGAGUUUUAUAGCGGUGUAGAUUUAUGCUGAAAGAGAUGGUUGUUAGUCUAAUAUUGUGCCUCCUGAAGACCAAAGUUUAAAAUGAAUGUCAGAUUAACCCAUAAUAGACCAAACGGUCAGUGAUCGAAUGCAAAUUUGAUGUAAUCAAAGUUGUUUUAAGUUACCAGUUAAAAAUAAAAAACAAACACAUUUCAUAAAA